AUGGUCCCGGUUUCUACAACUCCUCGGACCGAGGAUUCUGUCGAUGAUAUGGAAGCCACAGAUGACGGAUGGCCAGGGUCCUUUGCAACUGCCAGGCGUCUGCAACAGCAGACAAUGACUGUUGGCGGGGUGCGAGACAGAGACAUAAUUCAGAACACAGCGGUAAGACCUCGCAGUGCCAUGCCCCAUUCAACUCACAAUCUUCCAGAGGUUGAGGAUGAGGCAAUCUCAAACGCGGCCGCCAUAAUCCUUCUGCAGACAUUGUCACACCUCGUCAAAACCAACCUAGAAUGGAUUUUCAAUCGAGUUCACUUUUCAUGCAAGUUUACAAGCAUGACGUACAAUGUUUACACCGACGGAGCUUUGCGGUCAAAGACCACGUCGAAAAUAUUUGGAAUCUUGGAGGUGAAAAAAAGAAUGCGCACGGUGAAUCCAGCCGCCAUCUUCGCCCAAGGGGCCUGCCAGGUCGCGGGGUGGUUAAUGGAAUCAUCCGCAGAGAUGGCUGUUUUCAACAACCAUUACAUGCUGGUUUCGCAAGACAGACAUCAAUUUUUUUUGACCUUUGCACCCUUCAACGAAAACUACGAAAGUUACUUGCACAACGGAACUGACACCGACGUGUUUCUCGUCAUGCACACGGUUGGUCCCUUUUCGACAUCCGACGCUCGACAAAUGGCACAAUUCGGGCGCAUUUUUGUCGCCGCUACACUGGUUGCCAAGUCGGCUGCUGCCAACAUUCAUUGA